AGAUGCGAUUGGUAUCUUUGUGGCCAGAAGCACGGGGACACAUCACAUUGUGUUGCGUCCUCCCGAUGGUCUAAGGUGGAGAAAGAUAUAGAGUGAGGUUGUAGUUGUAGUACGGUUCAGUUCUUUCUCUUCAGUAGAAAAGUAUCGGAACAGAUGUCGUCUUUCUACCUCGACCGAGUUGUCGGCUACGGCCCGGUCGGCGACCCCGCGGCAUGUUUCUCGGACGCCGAAAGCGGCGGGGGCAACAGAAAUAAACCGGAAUCCGUAGUCAGCACUCUGUCCCACUUGGGGAUCAGCGACCGCCUCCCCGAGGGCCCGCCUAAAUAUUUCUUCUCCGUGCCGCGGGUCUCGACCCUGAACCGUGGGAAACGAAUCGAGGAUCAUGUGGACGCUGGUGUCGAGGACGCAAAACUGCUGCACCAAAAUAAACAGGGAGGUCCUGCUUCGGCGGCUUCCACAUUUGCGGGAGGUCCGACCGCACAGGAAGAAGAUGUCAACGACAGUGUGGAGGGUGAGAUUAUUCUUGAGCAGAAGGGCUACUUGCAGGGACACGGAGUGCUUGUCGGCGCUGGCGGCAGUUCAUCUUCGACGUCUGGCGGCGCAGGAGCUGCGAACAUCAACAAGCCAGGACAUAAUCAGCAAUUGCCGCUACACGGGCGCCAUUUCACAAGAAACCUCCUCCAAACCGACACCUCUUCUGAAGCGGCGGGCUACCGCGUGGCUUUACUUGGGCAGUUGUUGUCGCCAUCAUCACACCAGAGUGGAAGCCAUGCGCAGAGCAAAAACACCCGCAGCGGUGGGGGUCCUCCGAGUAAGAAACACAUCAACCCGAAAGUGCCGGUCUUGAACCAGGUGGCGAAUGUUGGCCGGAAUUUGCGAGAGCAGGUUGACGCGUUAAAAAACGGAACGACAAACGGCGGGGGCUUUAUGAACUGUAAUUCUCCCAAUGCGACAGCGACCACCUGCAAUCUGGGCGCAGCGGCCGCCUGUACUUCCAGUUACGGUAAGCACGACAAAAUCCCGAUCUCCGGGUCGCCGCACAAAAUGCUGGGCCAACGCGGAGAGUUUCGUUUGCAGUUUCAGUAUUUGAUCCCGGCAGCGCCACCACCAGUCAAAGCAAUCGCGACGAUACACGAAUUUUCUCCGAGUUAUGGCGGCGGCGAUCACCAUCUACUUGCAGCUGGAGGAAUAAACAGCCUGAGGAAUGAUCACCGUGCUGGGAGAAGCAACAAAGCAGUUUCCAGUAAAAGACAAGUAUCCUGUGCAAAAGUAUCGUACUAGUAUAAAUUGCAUUACAAAUUUCCUUAGCAUGACAGAUGAAAUUUGUAAUGCUGUUUUAGCUAAGACAGGCGAUUUGUCAUGCAUGUCUGCAAUUAGUACGAGUACGAUACUUUUGCACAGCAUAACAAGAAAGCGACUUCGACAACAUCAGCGAUGACGACAACAUUCAAGUUAUCCUGUGUAAAAACUUCCCUAUCCCAUAGUCAAGAUGGGAAAUCUGCUAGACAAGUCAACAAGCUUUGGCUGUUGCGCACACUACAAGUUUGAUGGCCUCGGAGUGAGAUCCUGCUUUAGCUAGUUCGGCAGCAUCACAGACCUAGCACGCCGUGCGUAUUGGAGCAUGACAAAUUUCGAAGCGCGACUAUAGAAUGCCCCGCAUGGGGCUUUGCAUGAGAAAUAUUUUAAGCAUGCAGAUUUGCAUGACAAAGACAACUAUCGGGUGGGGACGUUUUUACAUAGGAUACAAGUUGACCCGGAGUUAAAAGUGUCUCCCGUCCGGCUGUUCCCCAACCAGCGAGCGUUGAUAGAGGGUGGCGGCGUUGCGGGGAAUACGGUGAGUGGCGUGAUAAGUGCGAAGGUCAGCGGCCCGGACGCGAUGAGUCAGUCUUUGGUGGAUUUGCGGGGUGGCGUGGGAGCUGCCAGUGGUGGAGGUUCUUCGCCACGGCGCGGUGCGGACGGGAAGAGCAACAAGAUGGCGCCUGCGAACAAGGAAAAGGACGGUAGCACAACUACAGGAGCCGAGCCACGACAAGGUGAAGCAACUGAUCGAUAUAAAUCCGACGGUCUUGCGGCCGCCACUGCCAGUGCGCUCGCCGGAAUUGUCAGCAUGCUGGAUCAUGAUCAGCAGGAUGGGGAAGACGGUGACGAGGCUGCGACAAGUAAAGGAAAAAAACACAACAAUAACAAGCAGAAUGAAAACAGCUCGUCGGGAGCGAAAGGCGGUGUGGUCACGACCAAGCCAGAUCAAGGCGAGCAAGAAACGAAGCAGAGCAGAAUGGUGUUUGGAAAACGUGCUCCUCUCCCCCUCCCGCGGCGUCCUCCGCAACCGGAAAUAAAUAAGCAGUCCCAGCCCACGAAUGACCAACAUCCAGAACAGCAGUCGAGUUCUUUGUCUGGGUCUUCGUGCAAACUGCCCGCUAAUAUGAGCACUACUAGCGAUUUUUCGAUAAACGAUAGUACUGCAGCGGGUCGUGGAGUGCUGGCGAAGAACAGGAAUAACGAUGCCAGCGAGGUCAUCGCGCGCAUGUCUGCGGAGGAAAUUCAACAACUAUUGGACCAAUCCGAAAAAAACGCGACUGGAAUAGAAAGUAGCACGAAGAUGACCUCCGAUGAACUGCGGUUGACCCGGGAACUCAUCGCCGAUUCAACCCUUGUCACCCCGGCGGACCACUUGGCGCAAUUCCGCGGUGGAGAUACAACAUCCAAAAAUAAUCCGGCUUGUUUCAUCUCCGUCGGCACUCCGGUUGGCGCACUUGCGGUUUCGCAGAUCGACAUUGGGAAGUACCGACGAGGAACGAUGUCGAGUACGAAAAAUCAAACUUCAACAUUCGGAAAUAACUCAGACUUUUCAAAAUACCUAGAAUCCACUGCGAAGAACAGGGACGGAACGAUGAGCACGCUGCAGGCGAACAAGAUGCUGAAGCUGAAUUUGAACAAAACGUCACCGGGGAAGCAGGAUAACAUCAACAAGAUGUCGGGCAAUAUUAAUUCCACGAACAAAGACAGCACGAUGCGCUCCCAAACGCCGACGUUGUCUGCCGCGACGGCGACGACGCUGAAUCACCCGAUGAUGUUCUCCCCCGAGUCCGGUGCGCGAACGCAAGACGAACUGUUUCAGCAACAAAGUUCUUACCUGAUCGAUGUGAAUAGUCACGGGAAGAAGGGCGUCAGCGGGGCUGUCAGGCAGCCUUUGGCCUACGCGAAGGAGCAGCUGUUUUUGAACAUCAGCGUUCCAGCAAAUCAGGGGAAUGAACACCCGACAACCGGUAAUAACAACAAUAAGUCCUUCGGUGCCACAAUGCAGCCGAUUUGGCAGAACGGUAGUCCGAAUAGCUUGUCGCCCUUGAGGCUGCGGAGGCGGAAGAACAAGUCGCAGUCGCCCAAGAAAUCGGCUCUGGCGGGCGACAGCAUCGCGUUGGAUGUCAUUGACGCGGCGAAUACCUACGAACAAGUGCUGCAGAAAAGGUAUGAAAAAACGGUUUUAUACGCACGUGGUCACAGGAGCUCACGACUCUUCACGAAAGUGUAGAAGAUGUUGGUUCUCGAUAUACAACAGGAUAGUAGCUGUAGCAAACGCGAUGUUUUGUGAUAUGCUUCUGGUUCUGACUGUGAUAGAUGAUAGGUGCAUGAAUGUAAUUGUAAAAACAAAAACCAAAAGGUACGUCCCCCAGUACGGUGGUGUGUCUCCUUUCCGGGGGGCAGGGCGUUACGGGUCGAUUACGCUAUACCAGAAAGCCGACGAAAACUCAACCGAGAAGCAAGAAGAACUUUUCCUGGACAACGUCGCGCGCCUCUCCCUUGAUGACAUGAUCGACAGCCGCGACGAGAUCAGUAAAAUUCGCAAGGAAAUCGAGGGAAAGCGGGACUGGUUGUCGGAGACCGCGACGACCAUCGGCGAUCCGAACAACGCCGCGCGGACCACCGGUGGGGCGGCGUCCUCGGCGCAUUUUUCCUCCACCGCAGGGACCUUUCACCAGCAAUUACAGGAGGCCGGAGGACCUGGGCGGGAAGAGGAGAUGGGGGCUGGUGGACGAACUACAGCAACAACCGCAGGUGGUGGAGACGCUGCUGCUGUUCAUUCUGGUGGGCUGUCGGUAGAUAAAGCCGAAGGCGACGUCGAAGUCUUGCCACUGCCGGCGGGCGAACAAAUACAAGAAACGCCAGGAGGUGAGGACAACAGCCAGGAGACACACAAACAGCAAUCGCCAGUAGCAGGUGGAAAUGACAAUGAGCAUAAGCCGGCGAACGCGAACGCUGCUGUCGAUGCGGAUGCUGGAGGUCGUGGUCACGACAACCCGGAUCAUACACUGCAACAACCCGCGAUGAAUACAACAACCAGUGGGGACUCUUUGCGUCAACCCCGGCGGCUGAUUGAGGAUGAGUUGGACAGCGUGAUCGACGAUGCGUUUCUUGUCGACGGCACGAAAACCAUAUGCAGUACAAAUUUCCCGUCCAUGUACAAGAUGCGUCACAAAUUUCACCAAUUUGGAGUGUACUAACACUUGUCAUGCUAGACUAGGAUCGGAGCCAAGUUUUGUCAAGCAGAGACCGCAUUCGUACAACGUGUACGGGAAAUUUACUGUGGAUAAACCACGCACUCCACGACAACGCUCGAUACCCGGGCGGGGGGAACGCUCGCCACGACCUGGAUUUCCGCGUCCAGUGCGACCGGGGAUGAGAACAACCAUGGUGCGGGAGGAGGUGCGAAGAAAUGAACAACGUGAACGAUACUUCCGCGAUACAGUUCUGCGAUCGUGGAAGAAGACCAUAGUAGAUUCACCUCGGUCAGCUGUGCUUCUGCACGUUGGAUGUACAAUAGAUACCUACCAUGAGAGAGGACGGUGGAGCAAGUCCCGCGGUAAUUGGUUCUUCUAGUACUACUCCAUCAAGUCUACUGUGGUCGAACUUGAGGAGCCUUCGCUUGAUAUAGUAUAGACUUUCCGUUUGAAACAAUUUGAAUUUCAAUUUACAAUUAUGCACACAUUUGAAUUUUCUGUCUUAUCACCAAACAGCUGCGCUUGUGCGCUCGUAUCUUGAGAGUGAGUUAUUUCAGUUGUACACUAAGCUCCUUGAAGAUGAUAGUGCCGAUACAGUUUUUCUGGUAGAUUCCUGGCCUUGAGUUUUUUGUUUUUGCUGGACGAUCUUUUCAUGUGUACACCAUGGCUAAUAUUUUGGAAGGUGAAGAAGAACGCUGAAAAAUUGCACCGAUGACGUAUGAAGCGUAACAACUGAAUAUCUUCGACGUCUCCUGUAUAAUAAACUUAAACACGAUUUGGAAUAAAAAAGGUAAGUGGCACUCAUCUGCUCUGUCGCUUUGAGAUAGAGGCAAAUGCAGGCUGCAGGAU